AUGUCUCGCUGCGAUGGAAGAUGCAUCCAAGGUCAUUUGAAAUGUGAUGGAACAAGUGACUGUCGUAAUGGAUCCGAUAAUAGAGGAUGUCAAGCCAAAACCUGCCAAGCAGACCAGUUUACUUGUGCCGAUAAAAGUUGUAUUCCAUUGUUUUGGAGGUGUGAUGGUCUUGGUGAUUGCCAUGAUAGGUCAGAUGAAAAUGGAUGUCCAACGACGGCUCCUCUGGUUUGUUCAAAAGAAAUGUUUCACUGUGAUGGAGACUGCAUACAAGGUCAUUUGCAAUGUGAUGGAAAAAACGAUUGUGGUGAUGGAUCCGAUGAGAGAGGAUGUGCUGCGCCCCAGUUGAGGCGGUCGUCUCCUCCAAGGCUCGUUGAACAAAUGAGACAAAAGGAAGUCAAGCUGAUCUGUAACGUGAGCGAUGCUAAAAAUUACAUUUGGUAUAAGGAUGAGAGAAAGAUUCAUCUGCCCUCUGAUCGGUAUUUUGUAAAAUCACAUUGGUAUCUGCAAAUUACGGACGUUCUUAAAUCGGACAGUGGAACGUUUGUUUGCUUGGCUUCCAAUAGCUAUGGAAAAUUAAAUUGCACAGUGAGGUUGAUUGUUGAAGAUCCAACGGCUUCACCUACAAAUGUUUUAGGAGAUAAGGCUCGCGAUGCUCUUGUCCCUGGAAUCGUCUCGGCAGGCGUGCUAAUUACCGUAGCUGCUUUAUCUUUUAUCU